UGUGGCUGCUGACGGGUCCAGGGGGGGAGCAGGCAUGGGGCGCGGCCGCGCCUCCCUCCCACCCCUGCUCGCGGACUGCUGGCUAGGCUAUGAGCAGACGUGAGGGGCCAGCCUCCCGCCCGGCUCUGCAGGACGCUGCUCGGCACCCGCGCGUCGCUCCCUCCGCGCCCGGGCCAGGAGCGGCUGUGCGCGGGGCUCCGAGGCCGGGCGGGCGAGCGCAAGCCCCCGGCUUCGCUAUGGGGCACAACAACAGCUGGGUGUCGCCGAACGCCAGCCACCCGCGCAACACGUCGGGUGCCGAGGCUGGCGCCAACCUCAGCGCGCUCGGGGAGCUGAGCGAGGCGCAGCUGUACCGCCAGUUCACAACCACCGUGCAGGUUGUCAUCUUCAUCGGCUCGCUGCUCGGAAACUUCAUGGUGUUAUGGUCAACUUGCCGCACAACCGUGUUCAAAUCUGUCACCAACAGGUUCAUUAAAAACCUGGCCUGCUCUGGGAUUUGUGCCAGCCUGGUCUGUGUGCCCUUCGACAUCAUCCUCAGCACCAGCCCUCACUGCUGCUGGUGGAUCUACACCAUGUUCUUCUGCAAGGUUGUCAAAUUCCUACACAAAGUCUUCUGCUCUGUGACUAUCCUCAGUUUCCCUGCCAUUGCCCUGGACAGGUACUAUUCAGUCCUCUAUCCUCUGGAAAGAAAAAUAUCUGACGCCAAGUCUCGGGAGCUAGUGAUGUACAUCUGGGCUCACGCAGUGGUGGCCAGUGUCCCCGUGUUUGCCGUGACCAAUGUCGCCGACAUCUAUGCCAUGUCCACCUGCACGGAAGUCUGGAGCAACUCCUUGGGCCACCUGGUGUACGUUCUGAUCUACAACGUCACCACGGUCAUUGUGCCUGUGGCUGUGGUAUUCCUCUUCCUAAUCCUGAUCCGGAGGGCUCUGAGUGCCAGCCAGAAGAAGAAAGUCAUCAUUGCUGCGCUGAGGACCCCACAGAACACCAUCUCCAUCCCCUAUGCCUCCCAGCGGGAGGCUGAGCUACAUGCCACCCUGCUCUCCAUGGUGACAGUUUUCAUCCUCUGCAGCGUACCCUAUGCCACCCUGGUCGUCUACCAGACCGUGCUCAAUGUACCUAACACUUCCGUCUUCUUGCUUCUCACUGCCAUUUGGCUGCCCAAAGUCUCUCUGUUGGCCAACCCUGUGCUCUUCCUCACUGUGAACAAAUCCGUCCGCAAGUGCUUGGUUGGGACCCUGGUGCAGCUGCACCACCGGUACAGUCGCCGAAACGUGGUUAGUACUGGGAGUGGGGUGGCUGAGGCCAGCCUGGAGCCCAGCAUGCGCUCUGGCAGCCAGCUCUUGGAGAUGUUCCACAUCGGGCAGCAGCAGAUCUUUAAGCCCUCAGAGGAUGAGGAAGAGAGUGAGGCCAAGUAUCUUGGCUCAGCCGAUUGCCAGGCCAAGGAGGUACUCACCUCCUGCCCAGAGGGGGAACAGGAGCCGCAGCAGGUACCCUCUGUACCACCUCCAGGCACAGUGGACUCUACAUCUCAGGUGGCCCCGGUAGCCCCUGUGGAACAUGGGAUAUUCCCUGAUAAAUAUUCUCUGCAGUUUGGCUUUGGGCCUUUCGAGUUGCCCCCUCAGUGGCUCUCUGAGACCCGAAAUAGCAAGAAGAGGCUGCUUCCCCCACUGGGCAAUACCCCAGAAGAGCUGAUCCAGACAAAGGUGCCCAGAGUAGGCAGGGUGGAGCGGAAGAUGAGCAGAAACAAUAAAGUGAGCAUUUUCCCAAAGGUAGACUCCUAGCGAGGAUUGUAAGUGCCUGGAAGCAACAGGGGCUUAUGUAUUCCUGUUCUUCUGCACUCUGGCUGCAAGCCACUGUGGGGUGACUCCUCCUGUCUGGGCAAAAGGGAAGUUUACAUAAAAUCCAGUGUCCUCUUUAUUGAGGGAGUAUAUAUCCAUCUAUCUUAGUGAUCUGUGUCCUUGUCAGACCCACUGUGAGCUGGACAGUAUGGAACAGGUCUGAGGGUCCUUCAUGCAUAUUUUCUGGGGGGCUCCUCCUUUCCCUGUGCAUAGGAAAGAACUCAAAGGGAGCAGGUACUCAGAGGAGGCCCAAGAUAAUUAUGAGCUGCAAUGGCCACAAAGGUGAAGUUGGUUUGGUUUUUUGAAUUUUGUUUUAAUUUUUUUGGGACUGGGUCUCUCUAUG